UCACCUAAGUGAUGUGGAACUUGUAUGUAUCUAUGUGUUGCGACAAGUACGCUACGUUGAAACUUUUAUAUGUUUUAUUACACCACCGAAUCAUAAAACUGAACACAGACAUCAAUUGAUGUCAAUAUUAUAAAUUGUAAAUAGUUUAAUAUGUCUAUAGAUUUAAUCAAUCUACAAAGAUGGCGCUCAUUUUGAUUUACUUAUAUGCCUGUGAAGUGCUCGGUUGACAUAUGAGGAGGUUAUAUUCCUUCGUGUCUUUCAUUUUAUGCCUAUGAAAGCGCUAUAGAAAAGUUUUAUAGUUCAUUCACCGGGAAAAACAGGCAAAAGUGUGAAGACGAUAACGUAUUCAUCUGAAGUGGAUUAUUCGUGAUUGUUAAAGAACUACUGAGCUUCUAUGACAGUAGAUUGUCAAAAAGUCUAAGGGACGGCAAUGGGGGCAACACCAAGUCGGAAUGAUGAUCUCUCUAAGAAUGUCUAUUUGGAAAGAUUCUGUGGAAAAAAAAGUAUUCUGCCAAAUGAUCCAUUCUGGGAUACUUUUCUUUCUUACAACAUGCGCCCACCUAUCACGCGGAAUGAUCAAAUAGAAUUAGAUUCUCGAUUGGACUCUUCUUGUCAACAACUACUUGCUAAUAAUUUAACCACUGGCAACUUUGGCAGUUUAAUACAAGUUGCUCUCACUCGUGCCAGUAACCUGCUGACACCAACGCAAAAUCAGAAAAUCAUAUCAGCAUGGCAGACAUAUAAUGCAUUAUUCGCAGUAAGAUGUAUUUUAAAAUAUCUAAUUGAAACUGUUGGCGAGGAAGAAAUGAUCAAACACAUAGAAGCACCUCAAUUACCUGUACCAACUCAAAUAAAUUCAUCUUACAGAUUAGAAGACUUUUAUGAAGCUUUAGGUGAUAUCAUAACUGAUGUACCGUUAUGUGAAUUCACAUAUGUUGUUCAUCUAGAAGCAAUAAAUUGCUUACUUGUACUACUUUCGGUACAAUUAUUUUCACAAACUGCUGCUGAAUACAGCUCCAUUUACAGAAUAGCAAUGCAUUCACAUUCUAGUGAACAUGCACCAGCAAUGGUUUGUACAUUAUUGCAUAAUUUUGUGCAGCAAGAACAUGCUCCUCCAGGGUUGCUUACUCAACAAGCAGGAGGAAGUAUUGUCUUUAGUAUAGCGGCUGGUUUAUGGAAUGUGAUUACAAUGGGUAUGGGUAGCAGCUUGAAAAAUGUACAAGUUACAAAUAAUAAUAGUUCUGAAGCGGAAGAAAAAAAACGUGACACGGAAACACCGCUUGCUAGUCAAUCUCUAUUAUUGUUACUGGUUUUAACGAAUCAUUGUACUGCAACACAGAAUCCUUACAGAAAUGCUCUUUUCAGUUUUGUUGACAUGCAAGAAGAUUAUUCUGCGAUACAAGCAAAAGGUGCAUUUAGAUUUAAUUUAAAUAAAUUGUACAAUACCAUAUGUAAAAUACCGAACACAGACGAAGUUACGUUAUUAUUGUAUAUGUUACUACAUAGAAAUUCAAGUGUAAAACAAGACAUGUAACACCAAUAUUGCAAAUAUUGUAUCAUGCUCCAAAUAAUACGUCACAUCAUAUUUAUAUGUCUCUCAUUAUUCUUCUUAUCUUGAGUGAAGAUGAAACUUUCAAUAAAAGGAUAAUGCUUAGAGGUGUAAGUUGGUACACGGAAAGAUCGAUAAGUGAAAUAUCAUUAGGAGGUCUUUUAAUUCUUGUUGUUAUAAGGACAAUUCAAUACAACAUGUUCAAGAUGAGAGAUAAAUAUUUGCACACAAAUUGUUUAGCAGCUUUAGCAAAUAUGUCUGCGCAGUUCACAUCUUUACAUCCCUAUGUUAGUCAAAGACUCUUAAGUUUAUUUGAAACUCUUGCGAAGAAACACGUCAGGUUGGAAGCGAAAAUACAGGCACAGCCUACCGUUCCUCCACCUGAAAGCACCGCCGUUGCAGUUAAUGGAACUACCGCAAAUUCAGACUUGAUUCAAGAUCUAACAAUACUUGAAGAAGUAUUGAGAAUGGUAUUAGAAAUCAUAAAUAGCUGCUUAACUUACAGGCUUGCACAUAAUCCAAAUUUAAUAUACACACUUUUAUACAAAAAAGAUAUUUUCCAACCAUUCAGAACACACACAGCAUUUCAAGAUAUUGUGCAAAAUAUAGAUUCUGUCAUUAAUUUCUUUUCUUAUAAAUUGGAGCAGAAAGAUCAAUCUCAACUUGGUGUUAGUCAAGUAUUAACUACAAUUCAACAAGGUACUAGCGAAUGGCCUCGUGAUCGAUUAAGGAAAUUUCCAGAACUGAAAUUUAAAUACGUGGAAGAAGAACAACCAGAAGAAUUUUUCAUUCCAUAUGUAUGGAGUGUUGUUUGUCAAAGUGCUCUCUUACAUUGGAGUGCAGAAAACAUAAAAUUAUUUUCACCAAGUAACAGUGAUCAAACAACGAUUAUUGUUUGUUUAUACUGAGACACGGGCUGCUGCUUGCAGUAAUUAUAGGUAAUUGUAAUCAAGUAAGAAAUUUGCGAAGCAAUAUUUCAUAACGAAAGAUUUAUUUGAUACGGAAUGGAAUCAAUAUUUUCAUUAUUUAUUGUAAAAGUAAACAAAGAGGAUGUAUAGAAAAAAUUCUAAAAGGUAUAUAUUCAUUUUAUAUUUGUGAUCUAUUUAACAUUACAAUUAUCUUAUCUUUGUGAAAACGUCAGUUAAUAUUAUUAAUAUUCGUUUUUGUAAAAUAAUCUUUCGUUAAUCAUAUUUUACAAUAGGUGAACUCAAUAAUAUUUGAUGGUAAUAGUGGGUAUUAUGAAAUAUGAAAUAUUUUAAUAUUUUUAAUUUGUGAGCCUAAACAGUAGGAUUAAUAAGAAAUUCGAUUUGAUAUAACAAAGUUCUGUAUUGCUAAGACUGGAGACGUAAUUUAUUAUUCUCUGAAGAUGCAUCAUGUCGUAAUAAAUAUUUAAACAUGUUUAGGACAUGAAAAUAGGGACGUAUUCGACUGAGUCAUUUUAAAAAGCACAGCGAAAAGGUGACCUAUAAAUACUAAUUAUUUCUGUCACAAGAAUCUGCUAAAAAAAUGUAAACAAACAUUUUGCAGUAUCCAGUAUCAUAAUAAAUGUAUCAUUAAUAUAUACAUAUAAAUGAUCGAA